AUGUCCCAACCCAUCCGCAUCGCCGUACUCGAGUGCGACACACCCAUCCAGCCCGUAGUUGACAAACUCGGGAACUAUGGGCAGAUCUUCGAACGCCUCCUCACCAACGCUGCGGGGUCUACAGUCAUCGAGGUCAGCAAGUGGAAUGUAGUGGGGAAUCCGAUUUAUCCCAAUCCCAAUGAAGUAGACGCUUUCCUUCUCACUGGAAGCAAACACGAUGCUUUUGCGGAUGAUAGCUGGAUUCUUACAUUAACGGAAUACGUAAAGGAUAUUGUACAAUCUCACAAGAAGCCUGUUGUGGGAGUUUGUUUCGGUCAUCAGAUUCUUGCUCGGGCGCUAGGUGCCCGUGUAGGUCGUGGUGAGGAGUGGGAGGUUUCUGUCGAUGAGAUCACGCUUACGGAUGCCGGAAAGGAGGUUUUCGGGAAGGAUAAGCUGUUCUUGCACCACAUGCAUCGCGAUAAUGUCUUCGAGACGCCUGAUGGGUGUGUGAACUUGGGCUUCAGUGGUCCUUGUCCUGUGCAAGGGCUGUACAUGCCGAAGCGGUUGAUCAGUAUUCAGGCUCACCCAGAGUUCAACGAGUUUAUCAUGACGAAUGUGUUGCAAGCUCGGCAUGAAAGUGGGUUGUUUACAGAUGAGUUAUAUGAGAGUGGAAGCUCGAGAGCGGGAAAGCAACAUGAUGGCGAGCUACUUGCGCGGAGGUUUAUUCAGUUUAUUGUUGAGUCGGUUGCAUAA